AUGCAGGUCACUCACAUUGUCCUACUCCAAUUCAACCCCGACGUUACUCCCGAGGUUAGGGAGGAUGUCGCCAGUCAGGUCAAGGGUCUGCGCGAGUCGUGCAUCCACCCGGACACUGGCAAGCCCUACAUCGUUUCCAUGAAGGCCGGUGCAGAUGUCUCCAUCGAGGGCCUUCAGAACGGCAUCAGCCAUGCAUUUGUUUCCGUCUUCGAAAAUACCGCGGAUCGCGACUACUUCGUGAACAAAGACCCGGCGCAUAUCGCGCUCGUGCACAAUGUCAAGCAUCAUCUGGCUAAAGUCCAGGUUGUGGACUUUGUGGAUGGGAAGCUUAUCUAG